UCUGAUAUUUCCAUGAGUUUCUGUAUUUGUUGAUGAGUGCUAAAAAUCAUCGGACAUAAAUUUCAAGUCAUUUGAAAUACUUGAGGAUGAUCUAUAAAAAUUUAGUACAAUCUAGAAUCUGCCACAAACAGACCUAGUUUUCCGAUAUAGUGCGCCAGUAUAGUGUGUUUCCCGGACGCCAAAAUGGAUAAAGAAAUCAAGACCAAAAUUAUUUCUUGGGUAAAGGACGCGCUCAAACAGGAGAAAUUAGAUAAAAUAGACGUGAAAUUCCCCGUUACCGACGCUACAGGUGGUUACUCCGCAGAAAUAGUAUACGUUGACGUUAGAGCCGAGAAAGGUUUAGAGACAAAAUGUUACAACCUGAUCGUGAAGAAGAACAAAGACAACGAGGUUAUCAUGGAUACGAUGAAUUUCCGAGAAGUGUACAAGAAGGAAGUGUACCUGUAUUCCACAUACGUGCCAUUCCUGAAGAAAUUUGCCGAGAAAAGAGGAUCCGCGCCUUUCGAUAACAUUCCGCGCUGCUACGGAACAGUGAACGAAACAAACCAUUACGUUAUCGUGAUGGAAAAUUUGAAACCCAAGAAUUUCCGAUGCCACCCUCUGGGAGGAGACGCCAUGUCCUUAGACCACGUGAAACUGGUCAUUACCGCUUAUGCCAAAUGGCACGCGCUUGGUCUGGCUGUUAGAGAUCAGGAUCCCGAUGUGCUGAAGGGUUUUGGAAAGCCCCGCCAUCUCCUCGAAAACGAAUAUUUGAUGAAGAGCAUUUGCGCCUCGAUAGAGAAUGAGAUGGAUUACGUAUCUGAGAUCUACAAGAAGAAUAACGAUCUUAAACCAGUGGAGGUUCUUCAGAAAUUGAAGGAAAAUUACGUUCAGAUGUUCAGGGAUAUGCUGGAAAACAAGGACGAGGACGUAUUGAUCGCUAGGCAUGGGGAUUCUUGGAACAACAACUUUCUGUUUCACUUUAAUGAAGAGCAAAACAUUCCCGACAAGGUAAUGAUCAUCGACUGGCAAGCUGGAAUAUUGGGAAAUCCGAUGGCCGAUGUUAAUCAGUUCCUCUUCUAUUGCUGUACGAGGAAAGAGCUCGAACAUCUGGACGAGAUAUUGAAACUUUACCACGAUACCCUUUCCAAAAAAUUAAAAGAGCUGGGGAGCGAUCCAAGCAAAUGUUUCCCAUGGGACGUUUGUAAGAAAUCGUUCGAACGAUAUGCCCCACUGUCCAUAGCUGGCGUUCCAAUCUGUUCGAGGAUGUGUUUCAAGGGUGAAGUCAAAAAAGCUUUCGAUUUCGCCGAUUCCGUAGAAUCCGGAAACGUCGACGCCAUGUUCGGCAACGAACUGACCGAUCCAAAGAAGUAUUUCGAGAGGAUCGACGGGGUUCUCAAACUUGUCAUCGAUCGUAAACUUGUCUGAAUAUUUCGAAAUUACUUAUGUACAGUUAUUAUUUAAUGUAUGUUGCAUUUAUGUAUGAUUCUAUUCUAUGAACUCAAUAAAUUUGAAAAACGUUUUUGGAAA